AUGAGUUGAUGGCGCUAACAUCGGAAAUUUGCAUGACACGUACUUAGCUGUAUACGGUGUAAGUGUAUAUUACAUAUGCUAGAAAUGUACAAUGAUGAAAUAUCUGUUAGAGGACUAGUGACAUCCAGUUACAGAUAACAUCGUAACACAAUCAUUGGAAACGAUUCAAUUCCAUUUAAAGAGAUUAAUGUUUUGUGGUCUAGUACCAAAUUUCAAUGAUUUUCAUAUAACAAAGUUCUUCCGUUUGGAGGAUUAUUAAAAUUAAUGGGGAAUGAAAUAAGUGCCCUCAACGGGCUAGAAAUUGAAGAAAAAUCUGUAGAAAUUACAGAUUUUUGGACACAUUACACCGCUCGCUCCAAAGAACAUGGAACUCAAGUAGUGUCUUUAUUUGUCAGCGAACCGUCUUUGCAUUAUAGCGGAAAUUUCGGAAAUCCGUCUCCUUUGGAGAAAGCUGCAAAGAAUUUAAUGUUAUAUAGGCAUCCUUGUAUACUUAAAUAUGUUUCAUCGUGGUCCAAAGGCAGCAAAUUUUAUCUUACUACCGAACAAGUUAAACCUCUGAUUCAAACGUUAGAAACACAAAAUACACUUCAAAUAUGCAUGGGUUUAUAUAGCAUUUUACGUGCACUUGUAUUUCUUCAUGAAAAGGCAUCCGCAUCUCAUAACAACAUUUGCGGAAGUGUUAUUUAUGUUACAUCAGAAGGAUGUUGGAAACUUGGUGGUUUAGAAUGCCUAAGUAAAUUCAAAGAAUUAACUCCUGCCUAUUUAAAGAAAAUAAAAAAUUACAGGUACGAGAAAGCAAUAUCACCUGAUGAAGGUACAACUAUCUUAUCGACUAGUUUUACAGCAAUCGAUGCAUAUGCAUUUGGUGUUUUGGCAGAAGAUAUUUUGAAAUUAAAGCAUUCAGAAGAUGUGCCAAGCCUCCUAGCGUUUAAACAGUUUUGUAAAGAAGAUUUACAAAAUACUGAUCCAUGCUUAAGAAGUAAUCUAUCGAGUGUUCUACGACACCCAUUUUUUACUCAUGACUUUAUGAGAAUACAUGCAUUUUUAGAGGAAUUGCCAUUAAAAAGCAAUCAAGAGAAAGAAAUAUUUUUUGGAAACUUAAUAGUACAAUUAAGAACAUUUCCUGAAAAUAUUGUCGCAGAACAGUUGGGUCGAUUGUUGCUUUCAAGGAUGGUUUUAUUAGAUUCGACCGCUCAAGAAAAGCUUUUGCCAUUCAUUUUAAAACCUAGAGAUGGAAAAGACAACGUGGAUAAUAAUUUAUUUGUAGUAUCAACGUUUAAAGCAUAUCUGGUACCUAAACUGCUACAAAUGUUUUGUAUAAGGGAUGUGUCGAUACGUUUGGUGCUUUUAUCACAUUUCAAUUCGUACGUUCACACAUUUCAAGCGGAUGAAUUAAAAUCUCGAGUACUUCCCGAGCUGCUCGUAGGAAUUAAAGAUACAAACGAUCAUCUUGUUUCUGCAACAUUAAGAGCAUUGGCUGAUAUAGUGCCAAUCCUUGGUGCAGCCACUGUAAUAGGUGGAAACAGGGGAAAAUUAUUUACCGAUGGUCGGCCGAAUAAAGUAAAAGACAAUGGGCAAAAUAAUAACACUAUUUCAUCUUUCAUAAAUAUUGUUGAAUUUCCAGCUCCUACAAGUUCUAGUCAGAACAUAAUUAAUUUACCAGAAAGACCAUCCCCGGAUGGAGGUGAAGAUAAAAAGGAGAUUGUCUCCUCGAUUACAGAAGAAGAAUAUACUUGGUCUGAUUGGGACACACAAGAAACUGUUACUAGGGAUACCUGCCUUAACGUUUCAGAACCUUCCGAUAGAACUCGCGAAUCCGAUGAUAUUUCAACUGUUAAGUCAUCAUCGUUAAUUGACACAAAUCCAGUAUUAGAUCCAAACAAAGCUAAAAUAACUGAAUCUAAAUUUACAAAGAAAUCAAUUGUUUUAUGUGAUAUUUCAGAACUUGAUAUAAAAAAUUCAAAAUUAGCAAAUUCUACAAAAGAAGAAUACGAUUUCUUUACAGAUAUGGAACCUGUAAUAAAAAAGACCCAAGUUUUGCAUGUACAACAACCACAAAUAGCUUCAAAGAGUGUAUUCGACAUAAAAGUAUUAACUGAUUUUGAUGUAAGCGAAGAGAAUGACGGUUGGGAUGAAGAUUUAAGUGAUUGGGGAAUAAAUGAUGCUCAAGAAUUAAAAAUUUAAGGAAACCAGUACAUUUUAACCAUAUGUGUUACAUAGGUUCCAAAAGUAAACGUAAUACGUAAAUAAAAUUUGUACAAAAUGCACGUGGUCCUUAAGAUACGAAACAAAAUAUUUUAAUAAGACAAUUAUUGUUAUUUGUCUAAUUUCGUCUAAUUUCGUCUAAUUUCGCCUAAUUUCACGGUGGAACAGAUAUUACUCGUCUAGAAAUAUAAUGUUAUUGUACAUACGUUCAUAUAUACAAUAAUUACAUACAGAGAUUAUUAAACGAAGUAAUUA